AUGGAUGAAGCCGUGAAUCGUCAGGGUGCCGGUGGCCAAGGGCCGGUGCCGGUGGUCGCGAGGAGGCGUCGUCGGGCAGCUCGACAGCUGCGAGAAUCGACGCCGGAUCCGGCCCGUGAUGGAAGCGUUGGAAGCCGCUCGAACUCAUGCGAUGAUCAGAGUGGAUCCGAGUCUGCCCGUGGACGCAGUACGGUCGAAAGCAGCCCGUCUUCAUCGAAGAAAAGCUUGAUCGAACGAGCGAUCGAGUAUGGGAGUGCGCACCGGAACAAGAUCCUUGCUCGCAAGGAUAAAAAGCUGGCCAGUAUGGUGCCCCGGAGUCGAUCGGUGCCACGUGACGAAACGGAGGUGCCUAGCAGUCCGGAAAUAUUCUCACUUCUGCGCCGGGCCAAGCGGAGCUUGUCGGGAGCACGAAAACCAAAAACAGAUGACUCAAGCGAUGGCGGGCGCAUCUCGGACACAGAAGUUCGCAAACGACGCGAACGCAUUGAGCGCUUCCAGAGCGAACGAUCACGCGAUUCCGGAUCUGCUGAGGGAACCGCGAGUGGCCACCAGCAAGCAAACCUGCAACGUUUCAACGAAGAGCGGCGCCGGUUCGAGCUCGAAAAGCUAAAGUUCCUGCAGGAGAAGCGUGAGCUCGAUCGGAUGCGAUUGCGCCGGUUCGAGAAAUACCGCGAGGAGCUUUUAGAGGAACAGAGUCGUAAGCUCAAGGCAAAAUUGCAGCAAGACCGAGCAAAGAGCAUCGAAGCAACGCCUCUUCCACCGCUCGGUCCAUCCGCUGCAAGCCGCAGCCGUACACCAAUCGAUCGAUCGGAAACUCUCUCGCCUCCGAUGGGGAAGAAGAAAAUUCUGAUCGUUCCGAAAGCUCGCUCGUCUAGCCGAUCGGCGUCGACCAGCGAAGAAGAAGGUCGACAAUCUUCGGAUGAAGCGAAGAAACAAACGAUCCGGCGGCGUUUUUCUCCACGCAAACCGAAACGUCCACGAUCAGCUAAGCUGGACGUUGUGCCGAAGCGAGCACAACCGUUCCCGGAAAUCACGUCCCCGGAAUCGGAGCUACCGUCUGACUUUCAGUCUGAGGAUAUUGAAAAACCGGCUCGUCAGGAUUCACCAAACGCUCGUGCGGUGGAACCAGAAAUGGUGCUUACACACCGACGAGUUACUACGCAGGAUAAAGAGCAAGAGUCCCACGAGAUGGUCGAGCAAGGUGAGAAGGUCGAAAAGGUCCUCGAGACAACUCCAAAACCUUCAGAAGCCAUUGGUGGUGAAGAAACGACCAAAGAACCCUCGGUAACCGAAGAUCAGAAGGUUGUUGUGGUGCUCCAACGACGAAGACCACUCACUUUGUACGUAGAGCAACCUGGAGAGGUUUUCAGCUGGCGUGAGCUCACCAAAGAAUGGUACGAGAUGUGGCAGGACUUUCUGGACGACAAUCCGGCGGAGAUCGUACGAAUGCGUGUCCAGGUGAACCACUGCUUCUUCUACUUUGGCGUACUGGUACUGCUCUGUGGCGUCGGUGGAAUCGCGUUCCGUUUGACCGAAGGCACGUUCGAAUCACAGUACAAGUGUGGCGUGAAGCGCGUGAAACGAGAGUUCAUCGAUAACCUUUGGCUUUCUAGUCACAGUCAGAGGGAAGACGACUGGAAGCUGUCCGCUCGCAACCGUUUACGCAAGUUCGAGGAGGAGCUGCAGAUUGCCUUUGAGGCCGGUAUGAAAUCGUACAGCGGCAACACGGCGUGGAACUUCGUGAACGGCGUCAUCUACUCGCUGACGGUGGUGUCAACGAUUGGAUAUGGACAUAUUUCACCAUCGACGACGACGGGCAGAGCACUGACGAUACUGUACGCGAUCAUCGGUAUUCCCAUCUUCCUGAUUGUGCUGGCUGACUUCGGUAAGCUGUUCACGAGAGGCAUCAAGUUCAUGUGGGCCUACGUGCGGCGUCUCUACUACACGGGUUCGUUCCGGAAGGUUCGGAAAACUGCUCAGGUGCAGGAAGUGAUGAAGGGUCUGAACGUUGUAUACGAUAUGGUCCGACGACCGAGUGCGGAAACCGAGCUACAAGGUGCCACGACCACAACUCCAGUCCCAGUAGUGUCUCCCGUGGCUGCAACGACUGGAAAUUCUCAACCCUCCGUGACCUAUCGAGCAACACAACCGGAAGCGCAACCAGGCGCUAGUACCGGCAUCGAGACCGUUCCGAUACCAGACACACCAACCACACCCGUACCGGAAACGUUCGAGAUCGAUGACGAGUUUAACCUGCCAAUUUCGGUCGCCAUCGUGAUCCUGGUCGCGUACAUGCUUUUCGGGGCGAACAUUUACUGCACCUGGGAGAACUGGAGCUUCUUCGAGGCAUUCUAUUUCGUGUUCAUUUCGAUCUCGACGAUCGGUUUCGGUGAUUACGUGCCGCAGCAUCCGAUCUACAUGAUGUGCAGCAUCCUGUAUCUGAUCUUUGGUCUCGCGCUUACUUCGAUGUGCAUCAACGUGGUGCAGUUGAAGCUAAGCGAUAGCUUCCGGCAGGCGAGUGCAAAGAUCGGAGCCACCAUUGGGCUGCAGAUGGCUGAGGCUGCCUCACAGCAUCAGCACUCACCAGUCCACACGCCUAUUGAACUGGCUGCUGUCCAUACGUCCACACCAACCAGUGCCAAAGACGCACCAACGUUGCCUGCGAGGCCAGCCACAGCAGGACCAGCAUCAGAGUGAAGAGCCAUUCUCUCUCUCUCUAAAAGGUGCCACGCACACGCUAGCGCAUAAGUACAAUUCUCCACCCAACCCCCAAAGGAUCCGACGGCAGGAUCAGGAUCGCGAACAACACGCCACACGACACGACAAACCUCGACGGACCUCGGACCUUCUCGUAGGAGCGUAGCUAGGAUACUUAGAGUAGCGGGUGAGCUCGUCAAGCGGCCCGCGUGACAUUGCGAAUUUAAGGAAGAUUGUUAUUUAAUGAUAAGUUUAAGGACGACUUAGCUGACUGUGUGAAAGCAAAACCAAAAAAAAAAAAAAACACAAGCAAACUCGAAACGAAGCAAAAAUUA